UCAAGUAUCAGAGCAAAAGGGCACCGUCUCCCAAGUUGGUUUUGAUGUUAAAAGGGAGAUUUCUUCAACUUCCACUCUUAGGCCUGACAGCCUAUUUUGAAGUCCCCCAGCAGGGGGUGUCUCUGAAGCCAAGGACCAAUGCCUUAUUUGGGGAGGGGGUGUCUAGGAGGAGACCCAAGCUAGAACCAAAAUCUCUCAUAGCUUAUCUUUUGGCUCAUAACUUUUCCUAGGCACAAGUAACAUUCCACCCGCGGGUAGAUUAAUAUGCAGACGCAUCUGCGGAACGGUUAGAUAUGAAAUAUGAAAUACAUACUUGAAUGGUUCAAAAGAUGUAAUUUUCUGCUUU